CAGUGAGAGAGCAACACACACAUUAACUACAUUUCAGCCUGAGGUGACUUCAUAAAAAAUCAUAUCAAAUGGAAAAAGCACAAAGACGAUGCUUCAACAUGAAACCUAUACUAAGAGAAUGCCUGGCUGAAUUUCUUGGAGUCUACAUCAUGAUUCUGCUGGGCGUGGGGUCAAUGGCUCAGGGGGUGACCAGUGAGGGGGCCAAAGGGGAUUAUUUCUCCAGCGCACUGGCCUUUUCCCUGGCUACUACAUUUGCCAUGUACAUCUGCAGAGGGGUGUCAGGUGCUCAACUGAACCCAGCUGUGUCCUUCGGCUUGUGUGUGAUGGGGAAGUUCCAAUGGAGGAAACUGCCUCUCUACGCAGUCUUCCAGACCCUGGGCUCUUUCGUCGGAGCUGCUACUGUCUACGCUCUUUAUUAUAAUGCCAUUAUGAACUUCAGUCAGGGGAACUUAACAGUCACAGGGCCAAACUCUACUGCACACAUUUUCUCCACCUACCCCUCCGACUACCUCAGCAUCUGGAGUGGGUUUAUGGAUCAGGUGAUAGGCACGGCUGUGCUGUUGGUGUGUGUGCUGGCUCUGGGGGACCGGAGGAACAGUGCGGCCCCUGCAGAGCUGGAGCCUCUGAUGGUGGGGCUGGUCAUCUGGGCCAUCGGCCUCUCCAUGGGGUCCAACUGUGGGUACCCCCUGAACCCCGCCCGAGACCUGGGGCCCAGAGUGUUCACCUAUCUGGCUGGAUGGGGAAGUGAGGUGUUCAGUGCUGGCAAUGGUUGGUUUUGGGUUCCUCUUGUGGCCCCAUUUCUGGGUGCUCUUGUCGGCGCAGCCUUGUACUACCUCUUCAUUGAGAUCCAUCACCCACCACUGGAGCCAUUGGCAGAUGGAGACGUCCUCUGCAUUGAUAAUAAGAUGGCUGAAAUGGACAUGAAUAUGCUCAAGUCCAACCAAAAGGAUGGGAAUAUGGAUCCUGAGAAACCAAUGAAAGUGAAAGUUAACAAUGUGUGAAAAAAAAAACUUUCUCCUUGUACAGACAAGUGUAGGCUAAUAGUGUUAUAUUUUGUAAAAAAGGUUAAACAUGUGUUAAACUGAUUUAUGUUUCUACUUGUACAGAGUAUGAGUGUAACAACGUUUUAUGUAUGUUUUAAAUAAAAGAAAUAUAGCAUUAA